UCUUAUCAGUCAGAUUUCACGAGCAAAUGGAGUUUUGAUUAGAUAGGAGUUGAAAAUAAUGAGGACUAUGACUUAACGAACUAAAGGAAAAAUUUAAAAAAAAAUUUGUCAGAACUUUCAUGGAAGUGGAUCAAUUAAAAUUCUUAUUAAAAUGACUUCGAAUACUUUUUGUCUAGUUUUUUCGCUGAUUUUCAUUUUUAGUUAUGUAAAUUGUGAUACUCCCGCUAAUUGUACUUAUGAAGAUAUUAGAGGAAAAUGGAUAUUUUUGGAAGGAAAAAGGGAAUCAAAUUCUAGUAUUGACUGUUCUGCAAAUGGCACUUUCGAGGUUGAGCACACGUUACACAUAAAUCUUCUCUUUCCAAACGUAGCUGUUGAUAGUUUUGGAAACAAAGGAUUUUGGACAAUUGUCUACAAUCAAGGGUUUGAAGUGGUAAUUAACUAUCGCAAAUAUUUUGCUUUUUCUUCGUAUAAAAGUCUUCCUAAUGGCACAGCUACUAGUUUAUGUGAUCGCACACUGCCAGGUUGGAGUCAUGAUGUGCUUGGAAAGAAUUGGGCAUGCUACAAAGGAUACAAACUGCAGAAACUUGAUCAUACAACAGAACAUCAAGAGAGGAAUAACUUUCAGCAAUUUCCUCGUCUAUUUGAUGAGAGUAUGGUCCAAGAUAUAAAUAAAGCUCAAAAAUCGUGGACAGCUGUAAAAUAUCCAGAACUGCAUGAAAUGUCUCUCACUGAAAUAAUUAAGAAAGCUGGCGGCUUGAGAUCUAGGAUAAAUAGAGUUCCUCCAACAACACGAGUUCAUCAUAACCUUAAAAAAUUGUCUUCUCUGCUUCCAGACGAAUUUGAUUGGCGAAAUGUGAAUGGAAUUAAUUACGUAUCCCCCAUUCGAAACCAAGGAAGUUGUGGAAGCUGUUAUGCUUUUUCUUCGUUGGCUAUGCUUGAAUCUCGAUUACGCAUCAUGACAAACAAUUCUCUUCAAGUGCAAUUUUCUCCUCAGGAUAUUGUCAGUUGUUCGGUAUAUUCUCAAGGAUGUGAAGGUGGCUUUCCAUAUGCUAUAGCAGGAAAAUACGCCCAAGAUUUUGGAGUUUUACCUGAAGAAUGCUUUCCAUAUGAAGGACAAGAUAGUGGUUGCAAUGAAAAGAAAUGCAAACGAUACUAUGUUGCAGAUUAUAAAUAUGUUGGAGGAUUUUUUGGAGGGUGCAACGAAGAGUUGAUGAGGUUGGAAAUCGUAAAGAAUGGUCCUCUGACAGUUGCUUUCCAAGUUUAUCCAGAUUUCAUGCUUUAUCAAGGUGGAAUUUACCACCACACAGGAGUGGGUGCGAAAUUCAAUCCAUUCCACGAAGUAAACCACGGAGUCUUGAUUACUGGUUACGGGGUGGAUGAGAAAACUGGAGAAAAGUUCUGGAUCGUGAAAAACAGCUGGGGAACAGGUUGGGGCGAGCAAGGAUAUUUCAGGAUCCGAAGAAGCACCAAUGAAUGCAACAUUGAAAGUAUGGCUGUCUCUGCUAUUCCUAUACCUUGAUUCUUGACGAAAUUUCAUGAUCGCAUAGUCGAGAAUUUAUUUAUGCACUUUUAACUGAUCACUAUGAUAAUUUUUUAAAUAUACCUGGCAAAAUUUUAUACUUAACUGUUACUUAUAACUUCUAAGAAGCAGUUUAUGGAAAAUAAAAUUUAACUCAAUUUUUA